AUGCCGACUAACAAGAAGCUACCAAUACAUGUUGACUGGCGUAAGAAGGGUUGUGUUACGUCAGUAAAGGACCAGGGUUCUUGCGGAAGUUGCUGGGCAUUUAGUGCAACCGGCGCAUUGGAGGGACAACAUUUCCUAAAAACUGGAAAGUUGGUGUCACUUUCGGAGCAAAACCUCGUUGACUGUAGCACUGAUUACGGUAACGAAGGAUGCUCCGGUGGCUUAAUGGAUCAGGUAUCCACAAAUUGUUUUCAGGAAUGUAAAAGAACAUGA